GGUGCCCGCCAUGGUGAGGUACAUCCACCAGUGGCUCAUGGCCAAUCAGUUUGCUGAGCACAGGCUGAACAGGGCCCUGCUGGAUCUCACCGAAGAACAGCCCGCUAAUGUAUUAAUGACGCUCCUGCAUGUGGCCCCAUCCUGUGACAGAGCUGCUUUGACCAUGUGGAAGAGCAUCAUGUGCUCGCCCAGGACUGCCGAGCCAGUGCAGCUGAUACUCCUCGAUGUGCUGGGGAGCUGGCCAGAGCACAGCACGUUCACCUCUGAUGGGGACAAAAUGGGUGUCUUUGUCCUGGCUACAACUGUGGUGAUGUGGAAGAUCCUCCAGGUGCCCUGUGUCCCACAUAUGGAGACGGUGUAUUUCCCCCACCUAGUUGUGCAUCUGCUCUUCCAAGUGUUCUUCAGCACUCUGGAUAUGCCAGAGGAGGUUGAUACCUUCUGGAAGGGAUGCCAGCAGCAAUACGGCCUUGCCACCAGCCCCAACAGGUUUGCAGUGCAGACCCUGAAGUCCCUGCUCUGCCAAAUGGAGCACGAGGAUGUGGUGCUGGCAAUGGAACGCAAGUGUGGCUGGGACACGCUGCUGUGUGCUGACACCCACCACUAUGCCGUGGGUCUGCUGGCCAGGAAAAUAGCCAGGUGCAGCUGCUCUCCAUACUGCUCUUCCAAGCAUUGGUGUCUCUUCCACUGCAAAAGGACAAAAAGGCCCUGAAGACACACGUGCGCCAGAGCCUGCUGCCACUCUUCUUCCACUGCCAUGAUGAGGAUGGGUGUGUGGCACAGGCUUCUCAGGAAAUGCUGCUUUGUGUGGCCCAGUUGCUGAAGAGGAGGGAUCUUGAAAAAGUGGUGAAGAAAAAGAAGCUGUGGAAGUUCACCGA